CAGCACAGCUAGCCGUUGCUAAACUAGCGAGUGGGUUUAAUGACAGUGGCGACUCCGAUAUUACUGAUUAACGCUGAAUCAACAGGGACAUGGAGAGAUGCCGUGCAGUCCAGUAUGCACCCUGUCUCCUCCGUUUGACAAGUCACGGUUGAACUUUUCACUCCGCUAACUUUCAAAAGCAGGCGUUUAACGUCAGCUCUGCUAUAGCAGGCUCAGCCGAGUUGUCCGUUGUGAUUUUGCUUUUUUUUUUUAAUUGGGGGGGAAAUGCAAAGAAUCAAAACUUGGGACUUUGGUUGGCGGCUGUUGAAAUCGGGCUAUGAAGGAGUAGGAAAUCAGCCUUCGUCGUUGCGCAAGUAUAGCCACAGUCCAAAGUCUUUCGGACUCCUCUUUGACAUUGAUGGCGUGCUGGUGCGAGGCAGGACACCUAUUCCUGCAGCAAAGCAGUGCUUCAGGAAUUUGGUGGACCGGAAAGGGAAAUACAAAGUUCCUGUGGUGUUUGUAACAAAUGCUGGCAACUGCAUGAGGCAGACCAAAGCUGAGCAGCUGUCACAUCUGCUGGAAGUGGAGGUUUCCCCAGACCAGGUGAUGCUGUCUCACAGUCCCUUGCGAAUGUUCACCCAGUUCCACAACAUGUGUGUGCUAGUUUCUGGACAGGGCCCUGUACAGGAGGUUGCUCAUAAUUUGGGAUUUCAGAAUGUUAUUACUAUAGAUAUGCUGAGAGAAGCAUAUCCGCUCCUGGAUGUCGUAGAUCAUAAUAGAAGGCCCAAGGACAAUAUUCCACUAACCAAAGGUCUACCACCAAUAGAAGCUGUCAUUCUGUUUGGUGAACCUGUCAGAUGGGAGACCAACCUCCAGCUUAUCACUGAUGUCCUUCUAACUAAUGGGAAGCCAGGAAAUCCUUUGACGUCACUACAGUUCCCUCAUAUCCCAGUCCUGGCCUGCAACAUGGAUCUCUUGUGGAUGGCUGAGGCCAAGAGUCCCAGGUUUGGUCAUGGUAUGUUCCUAGUGUGUUUGGAGAGCCUGUACAAUAAAAUCACAGGCUAUGAGCUGAAAUACGAGGCCCUGAUUGGUAAGCCUAGUGUGGUGACCUAUAACUACGCUGAGCUGCUAAUCAGACAACAGGCUGAGAGUCUUGGCUGGACUCAACCUGUGGAGAGACUCUAUGCUAUUGGUGAUAAUCCCAUGGCCGAUAUAUAUGGCGCCAACCUGUACAACCGCUACCUCCAGGCCUCUCGGUGUGCCAGGGCCCAGAUGCAAGCUAAAGGUAGUGGAGGAGGCGGGGAACCUGUGGAAGACCCUCAAGAAAUGACCUCAACAGAGCUAGGCAGUGCGAUGGGUGUAUACAGGACUGAGGAGCACCACCCUGAGAGGUGCAGCUCUAUCCUGGUGUGUACAGGGGUGUACAGCCAAGAGCAGCAGGAACUGCCACCAGACCCCAGGCACACAGUCACCGAGCAACAAAUCUUCCAUGGCCACAGGGAUUUCCGCUUCGACCCAAGCCUCACACAGCCUUCCUUCGUGGUGCAGGAUGUGAGGGAGGCCGUAGAGCUAGUGUUCCAGCAGGAAGGCUGUCCACUGGCGUAGCACGGGUAGCCUAAGCUUUCUGAGCUCGGGGUGCUUUUCCAUCCCUUAAUCCAUCCACUCACCUUUGUUUACCAUCUUUGGUGAACAACCCUAAUUACCCCUUAUCUGCUUGUUACUGAGGCAUGUAGCUCUGUAAGGAACACAGGGCUAUUUAAUGUUUUGUGUCCCUGAUUGUCACAAGGAAGAUGAAGUUGUGUUAGUGUGGCCAGUCCUUUGAAAUACAUAGAAAGCGCUAUUGGAUAAAUUGCACAAAAAAAAGCAAUGAUAAUUCUAAGUUUAACUUUGGUGAUGGGAAGAUGACAUUUUUCAAGCAAAAUACACCUUGUUGGUGUCAUAGAUUGCUAUUCCUUAGCCCUGUCCCCCUCUGAGGUCCUCUGACGAUUAGUUCUGAUGUUUAUGUUCAAGCUGCCAUGUUUUGACUCCAUUCUUUGAGUCGUAGUGAAUGCUUUAACAGUACUGCUGAAGAGAUUAAGGGACCAGGCUUCAAUUCAUUACCACCAGUUUUGAUUUUAGCCUUGUCCAAGACUUUUUAAACUCUGUUAGCUGAAAUGCGUAAUAAUGACUGUAGUGAAAUAUUGUUUUGUGAUAUUUUCUACUAAUAUUGCAAGGUAUUGCGUUUUCAUAAAAAUGGAAAUGGUGCUAUUUCUUUGAAAAUUUGUCUUGGUUAUUAUUUAGCACAAAAGGAUGCCUUAAAAGACUUGUGUGGGAGAAAACAGAAUUUGUGACACCAGAAAGACUGAAAAGGUGGGUCAAAUGAACCUACUUAUAAUAAAUAAAUAAACCAGAGCCCCACAACAGACUGGGUAUAAGGUUACAAUAUUAUUUAAAAUUACAUUUCUAGCAGCAAAACAGUAGUUAUAUAGAGAAUGAUGAAUAUUGCAAAAAAUUUAAUAAACUAUUGCCACAUUAAAAACACAUUUUACAUGGGUUAUUUUAAACAUGGAUGAGGAAGGACUGGAGUUCGCGCCCCGGUCUCGUCAGAUCCGACUAUGGCCGGACUCGACGAAGCAGCAAUCAUUGGCAACGCUGUCUUCGGGAGGGGGGCGGAGUCGGCUUGUGUUCGUCAUGUGAAUGCGUCUCUGUGUGUGUCGGAAAAACAGUGGUUCGGCUUGGAUUCGCCUUGUCACGAAAUUGGGGAGGCGCUUUCCUUCGAGACUGCCGGCCGGAGAGAUGCAGUUGGCGAACGCAUGCAAUACGAGGGUGGGUGUUUGAAUUAAAAUAGGGAUCAAUUGGCCACUAAAUUGGGAGAAAAAAAAGGGAAAAAUCAGAAAUAAAUUAAAAAAAAAAAAAAACAUGGAUGAGGAAAAUUCAUACGAUAGUCUUCCAUAUCUAACAAUUAUAUACAAAACUUCCAUUCUCACACCCCAUACCAAAGAAAUAGCUUGGUUUCCCUUGUAACUUAUCCCAUUACCGUAAUUCCCUUUCCACUGUAGUGUAACCUUUCCCAAACACAAUCACACAAACAGAC